GGCAAGGGCAAGGCGGAGCAGCCCUUGAGCGUCGCGCACGUGUCGCUCCCCGACAGCGGGACGGAGGUGCGCGGCGGGACGAUCUAUUUCGCGGUCGUCGUGACGCCGGAGCAGGGGCCGCCGUGGAGGGUCAUGCGGCGUUACAGGGAGUUCAACAAUCUCUGCUCGCGGUUGUCGCCUGCAUCGACGAGGUUCCUGGGGGCCCCGUUCCCCCCCAAGAACAUCCUGGGGGCCCUCGUGGAGCUCUCGGGCCAGAAGCUGGAGGACCGGAGGCGGGGCCUGGAGGUGUGGCUGCAGAGGGCCGUCCAGGACCCCCUCGCGCGGGGUCCCUGGAUCCGGCCGCUGCGGGACUUCCUCGAGGACGGGCGCGUUGUCCUCCAGGCGGCGCCGAGGUCGGCCGCACCUCCGCCGCCCGCCGCCUCUGCGGCACAGGCCCUGGCGGCUGCGCCGCCCAGCGCAGCAGGCGACGAGCCCAGCGCUCCGCCGAGGGAGGCGCUGGCGGAGGACGAGGGCCUCGUGCUGCAGAUCGUCGUCCCCGACGGCGUGGGGCCUGGAACCCACAUGGGCGUGGAGGUGCCCGGCGUCGGCCAGGUCACCUUCGAGAUGCCAGAGGGUGUAGCCCCCGGGGCCGAGAUGCAGCUCUGGUACGACAGCUCAAGCUCGACGCUGACUCCGAUGCCCUGA